UCAAUUCCAGAUACAUCAAUAUUGAUAGCAUCAGUGAGCAGCUACGUCUUAAUCGUCGGUAAUCUCCAUGAUUUUAAAACCCUAGCCGAUAAAUUUGGAUCAGAAAACCUUGCCAGUCGGAUCGAAGAUAUGGUAUACAAAGACAGAUUCGAUGGCAGAAGAAUACAUAGAAUAGAAAGAAAAAUCGAAACAAGUAGCGAAAGUUCAGAUGAUAGUUCUCAAAGUCAGCAGGAAUCUACAGAGGAGAUCACUAUACCUACAGUUAAAAAGCAUAGUAAACAUGCUAUAAAGGAUGCACCACAGAGUAAUGAAGGAGAGCCUUUAACACAUGAUGGUUCAAAACUAGCCUCAGAGCUGACUAUAGACGAUUUGGUCGAGAAAGUUAAAGAAAAGUUACAACAGGAACUUCUAGGCAAGGGUGGACAAUUAGCCCAGAUAAUGGACGAUGACACUCAGAGGGCGACACUAAAUGAAGGUAAAUUCUCACAUAAAAAGCAUAAUUAUGCAAAAUUAUCUGCAGCCGCUAAUUUUGAGCGUGAUCCUGAACAACUUGAUGUAAAUCCACUUAAUGAGGGAGUCAAAGAUGCUGCCUAUGAAGACGAACAAGUACCAGUAGCUUCUUCUCAGUCACAAAUAAACGAAAAGCCAGAUAAAACCAAAAUUAAACACGGAUCUGAGGCUGAAAAUCAUGGUAAGGUUAAAAAACUAAAACGAGAUAAACACGAUACAGUAACAGAGAAACAGGAGCAGGGAUCUAACAAAAAAUCGAGAAAAGAAAAGGAAAAUCAUAAAACAACGCCGUCGACGACUUUGGAAGCUUCGCAAGUUGAUAAUGAGGCUGUUGCAGCCAAUUUAGAAAGCAUACCGAGCCCAAACCACGCAGGCAAUGGGAUUUUCGAAGCAAUGAAUUUACAAAAGACAAACGACAGCUAUGAAGAUUAUGUAACACCAGCUAAAGAAGACAUGUUUGAAAGCGAAGAAGAGAGUACUUCUCUCACACCUUUUACUAUCAAUUUAAGCCCCGAAACAACUCCUACUCCUCUUAUAGUUUUAAGAGAAGAUGGUGAAACAACAACUAAAGUCGGAGAAUACGACGAUGAUACGGCUAAAACUGAUCCAGAACAAAAAGCGAAGACAGAAAGCAUGUCUUAUGAUGAUGAAAGGGAGACGAUAGGCGAUGCCAACGUCACAUCGACUGAUCCACCGAAAAUGGCGCAUAGGAAACCGAAAUUAGGUACAAUGAUACCUAAAAGAGAAUUCUAUACAGUCAGUAGUCCAAAUUAUUAUGGACAGUUACCGACUAUAGCUGAGAAAUAUAACUUUAAUGAGCCCUUACCGGAGGCAGACAGAGAACAUGAAGAGUUAAAGCCUUUUGCAAACCCACCAUCUAGUAUUAAUGGAAAAGUAAAGUUAUCUUAAGAUAUUAGAGUUGUUUUUUUAAGUCUUUGACUGCCAAUAGAAAACUGUUGAAGGCAAAUCCUCCGCUAAUGUCGGUCACCGGUGACCACCACGGCGUUCAAUGUG